AUGUCCGAACCAGAAAUUAAGAGACGGCUCGUGCACGGCGUUCACACAAGCACUAUGGAUGCGCGGCCCGCAGCAGCCGGGCCCACGGCUCAAGGUAAAGCCCGAACCGUGGGAUGGCAUGAGAUCUCCGAAUACCAACGGGACAAUAAAUACAUCCUGAGCGGCUAUCGGCCAGAAAGAGCAAGCUAUCACGAGAUCCUCACCAGCCUGACCUUCUUGCACAACGAGACUUGUAAUGUGUACACCCACCUGGCCGGGGCUCUACUCCUGCCGCUCAUCGCGGCCGUCUUCAUGCAGGUCCUUUCCGAGCCUCAAUUCAUCGACGUCUCGGGGACAGACCAUGUCAUGUUCGGAAUCUUCUUUUGGAGUGCUGAGUGCUGUUUAAUUUUUAGCGCUACUUAUCACCUGGUGGGACCCCACUCGCAUGAUGUAGAACAGUUCUGGCAUCGAAUGGACCUGCUGGGGAUUGUCAUCGUGACCGUGGGCACAUUCAUUCCAGGCAUCUAUUAUAUCUUCACUUGUGAACCAAGCUUGCAAAAAUUGCACUGGGUGAUUAUUGUAACCUCGGGCUCCGCCACCGCUGCUCUGAUCUCGAUACCCAAGUUUAGAACGCUGCGCUGGCGGAAGGCGAGAGUGAGUGCCUACGUUGCGCUCGGCGCGUCAGCUUUCAUUCCCCUGUUGCAUGGGGUUCAACUGUACGGGCUUGAGUACAUGCUUCAGUACUCGGGAAUGAAAUGGUAUCUGCUAGAGCUUGUUUUGUACGGCGGCGGAGCUGGUCUCUACGCGUCUCGAACUCCAGAGCGCUUUGCCCCGGGCAAAUUCGAUAUCUGGGGCAGUUCACACCAAAUAUUUCAUGUCUGUAUCUUGUGCGCCAUGCUUCUUAUCGAGCUGGCCAAAGGUAGCAAACAGCAGGCUUGCCAUGACCUUCUGGCUCUUAACAGUCUUAUACUCAGCAAUUUCUUGGAAUGCUCUGGUUACAUAAACUUUUUUCUGCUGGGCUCUAGUGUACCUACCCAAACAUAUUCGAAAAGCACGGCAUAG